CGUGUUGCGUGAGGUCUAAAACCAAAAUGGCGUCCACAGAAGAAGUAUUGGUUUGGACGCCUGAACUUGAAGUGAGUUUAUUCCACUCUAUGAAGGGUCACAAACCAGUAGGAAUAAAUCGACAUUUUCAUAUGGCUUGUAUUCACGAUAAAUUUUCAACGUCGACGGGGAAGAAAAAUAUAUCGUCCAAACAGAUAUGGGACCAUCUACAUGAGUUGUACAACAUGCAAGCACUGGAUGACCUUGAGGCUUUGCCUUUUCCUAAUGAUGAGACAGAUUUUACUUUACCAGAUGAAAUAUUUGAAUCCAGCAGAAAAACCCAACUGAGUACCCCAGAAUCAUCCGCCCCAGCAGAUGAAGCUAUCCUAAAGAUGAAACUUCAAGGGCUUGCAUCAAGCGCAUCUACUCCCGCAACACCCGACUCAUCCCCCAAGAGAAAAAGAACUCGGCAAGCAAACAGUGCCAGCUCAUCCCAACCUUCUUCACCACACCCUGCCCCAACAUCUGCCAAGCGACGGCGGUAGUUGUAUUGGAAUUGUUGAUAGUUUAGUUUGUAUAUCUUAAAUUAUAUAUUAUAUUUCCAAAGACAUACGCUGCAUUCUUGAAAAAUGAGGUGGAUCAUUUUCCUUCAUGCUGAGGGGAGGACCAUUGAGAACAUUUUGCAAAUUUUCUCUAAUUCUCUUCUUCUGCCCGGGGAAAUGAAUGGACUAAAGUGGUAGAGGAGGCAAUAUUGUAUUUUAUGGUUUAUUUGAGACCCAUUUUAUCAAGGACUCACAAUGUGCAGUCAAACAGGUAAAGGAGGCAAUAUUGUAUUUUAUGGUUUAUUUGAGACCCAUUUUAUCAAGGACUCACAAUGUACAGUCAAACAGGUAAAGAAUUUGCUUCAAAUGGCAUAUGAGCGAUUUAAUACUGUUUGAGGCAAUAAAGGUCCUUAGGGGCAAGAGACCAAGUGACACAGCUCAUAUUUUUUAUGAUUUGAUUGGUUUGAUUGGUCUAUUAAUCGUUGGUGUGACUUGCUGUUAGAGUGCACAGCUUGAAGAUGGGGUAGUGUUUGAUCUCUGUGAACUGUAUCCUGGGUACACUGUACUGUAUGAUCAUUUAGAACAGUUUUAGAACUCUUUGAACCUUUCCUGGGAUGUUUUGGAUAACCAGCCAUAUAUAGAGCAAACUAAUAUACAGUAUAUGCCUGAGCAAGUCUUUAUUUUGCACUAGUCACUACUUGCUAGUCAACUAUUAAAUAGAAUAAAGUAACGUUGAUUUCAGUCUGCCAGCAACAGCAACAAUAAAGUGCAUAUAAACAAGGCAAAACACCUUGGGAAAAACAAGUGUGUGCUUUAUUGAAGUUGUGAACUUACAAGAAUUGCAGUCUACUCUAAUAUCCACAGAGGGGUGUUGAUUGUAAUUGUUUCACUCACUCUUUUAAGCAGUGAGUAUAAAUAUUUUCUGCUUCAGAAUUUCAAUUUAGACAAACCUUUAAGCUGUAAAAAAUAAUGUAUCAUAGUUGUAGCCAAACUAAAAAAAAUUGAUCUAAUAAAUGCCUGAGCCCUGUUA